GGAUGUUUAAAGAAGAUAAGAGAGAUGUAUUCUAGUUUAUACAGUUUUAAACUAUCUGGUCAAUCAUGAAGAUUCUAAUUCUUCUGUCUUUGUGUGUGGCCUACUGCUAUGGACAGAGCUGUAAUGAUUUCCAGGUUGGGACUUGUCCUUUGACUGAAUAUACGAUUGUUGCUGUAAACCAUCACAUUGCCUCUCCCUCCCUUUGCCAGGACGAAUGCAGACUAGAGCCUACAGGAACCUGUUCCUUUUUCACCCACUUUGAGACCCAGUGCUACCAGCUCAAAAGUUGUGAUUUUAUAUCAACAUGUCCGGGUUGUGUGAGUGGCCCUGUAUCCCCGGAUUUUGAUACCUGUGAAUGGCCCUCUAAUAACUGUAAGUAAAUUUAAAGGUUAUAA